AUGGUGCUGAUGGGAGCUUAUGGGAAGUUUCUUCUGAUCGCUUUAAUUUUUCUCAGUGAAUCCAGAAGCAAGGUGAGAGUGAAGGUGAAAGAUGAGGCGACGCGGCCAGGUCCGCCAGCGUCCGUCCCAGCCGUCAGCCUCUGCCCGGGGGGCCAGGACCUCGUCCUCCGGGGCGGCGAGGACAAUGGGGUGCCGCGCCCCUCCCCGCGCCCCGUGCACCCACCUGACGAAUCCGCGGCGGGUUCGGCGGGGUGGAGGCCCCGCCUUCCGGGGCCGGGGAGGUGGGAGAAGCCAUCUUCCCGGUGCUCCGGUUUCCUCCUGCUGUCACGCCCGGGUCUCUCGGGUCUCCCGCGGCUGCUCAGCGCCGGGCCUGCCGCCCGCGGCCCCCGCCGGGCCGGGAGGCUCCUCCGCGGCCCCGCCCGGCCGCUCCGCCGCAGAGCGCGAGGGGCGGCCGCCCCCGGGGCUGGUCCGGCCCGGCCGGGAGUCCUGGCCGGAGCCUCUCGCCCCCUGCCCGCGCCCACCUACCUCCCGGCGGGGAGACUCGGGGCCAUGGCGGGCGUGGCCGGGCGCGAGCGCGGCCGCGGGGCUGGGUCGGCGGCGGCUGCUUCCCGGGGCCGCUCGCCGCGCGUGUGUCUGGAUGUGCGAGCGGCGGGGCUUAUUCUAGCGGCGCCGGGAGAAAUGCGGCUGCUUCCCUCGCUGCUGCUGCUGCUGCUAUCGCCGGGAAAGCGAUGA